AUGAGAGAUUCGUGUUCGGAUGGAGUUGCCCGACCUUUGGAAAGUAUAGAGAGCCAUAAUACAGACUCGUGGGAGGAGAGAUCUGACGCGUGUGAGUUUACAACAGGAAGUCUUCUCCAUGGAAGCAAUGCUUACUCUUUAUAUCGGAGCACUGGACAAUGGAUAUUCCUUGAUGGAAGUUUGGCUAAUGUCACCGUCUCAUAUUUUGGAAAGAAUAAUAGAUGGCAGGCUAAGAGAGGAAGUGAGAAUAAGGAGAGAACAGUAGGAUUUAUGGAGAGACAUGGCAGAUUGGAUGGAAUAUUUUCCAUAAGGCAGCUGAUGGAGAAAUUCAGAGAGAAACAACGAGACCUGCAUCUUGAAAGUCCUAUUGCAGAGUGCCAAGGCAAGAAAUAUGGAGAUGUUCCAGGACGAGGAUGGGGCCGGAAAAGUGUCAGAAUUAUCCAGGAGAUGUACAGGAAUGAGUAUACUAAAGGGAGAAGCAGCGUUGGAGAGAUAGAUGGAUUUGAGAUAGGAGUUGGAUUACACCAGGGGUGGGCACUUAGCCCAUUCAUCUUCAACAUCGUGAUGGUUGCAAUGACCAGAGAAGCAGUGCCAUGGUACAUAUGUGAAAAUGACAUUGUGUUGUGUUCAGAGAGGAGGGAGGAGUUGGACGGGAAUUUGGAGAGGUGGAGAGCAGCACUUGAGGAGAGAGGAAUAAGAAUAAGCAAAUAA